AUGCGGCUACAUCAUCGCCUCUCUUCACUUCUGGUGGCUGUAGUACUGUGUUGUGCCAAUGUCGGAGCAUCUGAGCCAGAGGUUCGAACCCCCGCUGGGACUUUCCGUGGUAAAGUUCUGACCUCACACAGCGGCCAUCAGUACGAGUCUUACCGGGGAAUCCCCUAUGCCUUACCUCCAACAGGCCAUCGGAGAUUUGCCUUGCCAGUUCGUCAUCCGGUCAUUGAGGGAGCCUACAAUGCAACAGAGUUUGGAUCGCAGUGCCUACAGCGUAAAGAUGGAACGGCCAUCGGACAGGAGGACUGUCUUUUUUUGAACGUGUACACUCCUGUCAGUGGAAAGGAGACAAAUGGUCGUGAACUGAAGAAGGUGCUUGUCUACGUUCAUGGCGGUGGGCUUGUCAUGGGAGCAUCCGACUGGUACCUGCCCGGUGAUCUCGUUACCAGGGGAGACUUUGUUGUCUUGACCAUGAACUACAGACUCCAUUGGCUGGGAUUCUUGCGAGGCAACUCCAGUUCUCUGCCUGGAAAUGUAGGUCUCUGGGACCAGGUGCUGGCGCUACAGUGGGUCAAGGACAACAUCCAGGCUUUUGGUGGUGACCCUAGUGAUGUCACUCUGUCUGGUGAAUCUGCAGGUUCCAUUAGUGCGUCGAUUUUGAGUGUUUCUCCGUUAGGCAAAGGUUUGUUUACCAAAGUUUUGCUCAUGAGUGGUACUGCAGCAAUUGCCCCUAACCCCCCUCGCACAACAAACGACCUACUGCAAGCAGCAGCUAACAGGUUUGGAUGCGACGUUGGGUCUGUCAAUGGAAACGAAGAAACAAUCGUGAACUGCCUGAAGAAACUUCCCGGUGACAUUUUUGCAAAUACGUUUGAUGAAGAUUUUAUUUUCCAAUGUGUGUCCUCAGACGAUGAACUUCUACCCAAGCCGUUUAGGCAACUUCUAGGCAAUACUAGCUAUUUAUCUGACGUCGGUUUCUUGAAUAGGAAUUACAUUGUUAGCAUCACUAGUGAUGAUGGGUACAUCUUUGUCAACUCCCGGUUUGGGAUAGUGGAUACUACUUCAGUUAACAAAAGUGCGGAAGGAGUCUACAGAACGUUGUCUUUGCCACGGAAUGUCGCUGCUGAGAUUAUCACCGAAUACACAAAGUUGUAUGGGGAUAUAGAUAAAGCUGUGACAGCUUUACUCAGGGACUUCGUUUUCUUAAACCACAGUGUACACUUCCUGGAAUCGUACUCCAGGCCUCCAAAGCAGCACCAGGUCGAUGCAGGAAAGAAUGCCUACCUGAUGUCCUUCGAUAACAUCCCAAAGUACGUGCCCAAUAAGUACAUGUUGCAUUCGCUGGAUCUAGCGUAUCUGUUUGAUUUAGAUAUUAAAGGGCUUAUGGAAAGCUACUACUAUAUUGAGAUUGUAGACGGCUUUCAUGAGGAGGAUGUGGCACUAAAGGCAGAUUUCAUUGACUUGGUUACAGACUUUAUGAAAACUGGUAAUCCCAGCCAGAAACUAACCCAGAAGAAGAAGAACAUCGUAUGGCCACCCUAUGACCCGGAGCGAAAGAGUUAUCUUAGCUUCUCCUUGCAGCCGUCAGUCGGGCAAGAUAUCUUUAGUGACAGGAGCUUCAUCUGGGAAACCCUAGUGCCUCAAUGGUUACAGGAAGAUCAGCGUUCGGAAUGA